AUGCCUUUGUCAAUGGCCUCACCUGCCCCAUCCCUCAGCUCCCUCAUUUUCUCUGAAAGAGAAGAGCGCAGGAGAGGAGGAUGGAGGGAGGUGGCCUGCUGGCCUGGGGGUGUUCUCUUCUGCCUCACUGUCAGCCUUCUGCUUCAAGGAGAGACAAACACUUUUACCAUUAAUUGCUCAGGCUUUUACCAGCAUGGGGUGGACCCUGCUGCCUUCCGGGCCAUAUUUAACCAGAAGGCCUUCUGUCCGGUCAUCAACUCCAGCCUCCCCGCUCAUGUCAACAUCUCCUUCACCCUGUCUGCCAUACUGGAAGUGAGUGCACAACUUUAGCUGCUGUUGUCAUUUCUGUGGUUAAAUAUGAUCUGGGAAAACCCACUCAGCAGCUGGGACCCAGAAGAAUAUGGUGAUAUCAAUAAACUCACUGUGACAGCUGAGAAUCUGUGGUUCCCAGACAUCUUCAUCAUGGAAUCGCAGGAGGCCCCAGAGAGAGCCCUUGCUGGUGUGAGGACACCAAAGAAGAAUGGGGCUGGAACCAGCAUUUGGGCCCCCUUUAGGGCUGGGUUCACCAGUUCUCUGCUCAUUCCUCCUCACCUGGUGGCCAUCAGGGGCUUUCCGCUUGCCAUCGAUGCCCUCAGCUUCUACCUACCAGCAGAAAGUGCGAAUCGUGCCCCAUUCGAGGCCACCAUUCAGCUGGGCUGCAGCGUCUUCCUGCGCAUGGUGAAUACACUACUCCCCGCUAGUCCUGCUUCUUAUCCCCACCCAAGGUGUCUACUUCGCCUCUCCCUGAUGGUGGGCAACCUGCUGGAGACCGUCUUCAUUACCUACCUGCUGCACGUGGCCACCACCCAGCCCCCACCCCUGCCUCGGUGGCUCCACUCCCUGCUGCUCCACUGCACCAGCCCAGGGAGAUGCUGUCCCACUGCGCCCCAGAAGGGAAAUAAGAGCUUAGGUCUCACCCCCACCUACCUGCCUGGCCCAAAGGAGUUGGGGGAGUUAGCAGGGAAGGAGUUGAGACCCAGAGAGAUCAAGCUAGAUGGGGGCUCAGGAUGGACAAAGGCCCAGCUAGUGGAGCUGUGGGUGCAGUUCAGCCACGCGAUGGACACCCUGCUCUUCUGCCUCUGGAACACCUAG